UUUUGAAGCAUUUACGCAACGAACUAAAACAUGUCUGGAAGAGGUAAAACCGGAGGCAAAGCCAGGGCGAAGGCCAAGACCCGCUCAUCUCGUGCCGGGCUUCAGUUCCCCGUCGGCAGAGUGCACAGACUCCUCCGUAAGGGAAACUAUGCCCACCGCGUCGGUGCCGGAGCUCCCGUCUACCUGGCGGCGGUUCUCGAGUAUCUGACUGCUGAGAUCUUGGAGUUGGCUGGAAACGCUGCCCGCGACAACAAGAAGACCCGCAUCAUCCCCCGCCAUCUGCAGCUGGCUGUCCGCAACGACGAGGAGCUCAACAAACUCCUUGGCGGAGUGACCAUCGCUCAGGGCGGUGUGCUGCCCAACAUCCAGGCCGUCCUUCUGCCCAAGAAGACCGAGAAGCCCGCCAAGAAAUAGAUUAUAAAUCUUACCUGUAACCCCAAAGGCUCUUUUAAGAGCCACCCAGAUUUAACCAAAGAGCUACAUCUUUUAAACCGGUCAACGCCACUGCUUUUAAAGUAAACCUAGUUCCUUUAGGUCGGGUUGGAGUCCCCGACGUGGGAUCAGGCAAGACUGUUGAUCUUAAAGAAAUUGCACUUUCUAUUUUUACUUAAAUGCCUAUUUAGCUUUCCUUUUUUAUUUAUUUUUACCAGAAAAAUACAUGAUCUGAAACCAGAUAGAAAGAACGAGGGUUUGAGACCCAAUUUCUGUCAGGGUUAGAGUCCUAGAGUCUGGUUGAGUCCCAGAAUAAGGCCUUUGGUUUUCCUUUAGGUCGUGUUGGAGUCCCGGCGCGGGUACCAGAGAGACGGUUGAUCUGAUCUUAAAUACAUUGCACUUUCUCUUUUACUUAUUUCUUUGCAUAUGUUUUCUUUUACUUAUCUAUUUCAUUUUAUUGCAUGACAAUGUUUAUGUGAAGCACUUUGAGUCUGCC